GUGAAAACUGCCUCAAGUGAAAGCUUGCCUCGCUGUCACGCGAGCUAGUGUCUCUUCGCCGGCAGCGUUCGGGUACAUUCGUUAAAGCUCGACUGUGUUCAGCGCGUGAGAAUGGGGGCAGAGCAAGCGCAGCUUGCGAACUGCCUGUGCGACAAACCGAACUGCCUCUGACGCGUAUUUCAUUCCACCGGACUGUUCACCUGGGAGACCGCAUGAAAAACAGACCACUACACGUUUGCUGAUACUAUCUGCCAUCUGUUUCACUGAAGGAAUGUGGUGCAAUUAGCUGCAUUGAGGAAUACAUUUUCAUAAACAAAAGUUUGUUUACUGUGAAAAGACUAGCACAGUUGAAACACCAAGCAGUGCGGUUUACAGUAGGCACCAAUUAAACGUUCAGAGGGAACAUGGCGACGGGUGGAUUUAGAUCAAGCGCGACUACGGACUUUUUGGAAGAAUGGAAAGCCAAACGUGAGAAAAUGAGGGCGAAAAUGCUUGGGGAUGUUACUGCGUCUGGCAGCGGGAGCGGCGCCGCGGCUUCCUCGCUUGGAACAAACAGCAAAAGCGAGACCCGGAAUACAAGCCAGAGCCCCGAAUUAAACAACAACGGCAACCCGGACCGCGGAGGUCCGACUUCUGUCAACUGCGCGUCAUCUCAUCCCGUUGUUCGGUCGUCCUCCUCGUCUGCCCUGAGGAGACCGGACGAUGACCCACACUCGACACCAGCCACCAGGGGGUCCGAUCCCCCGGUAGGACACCUGAAGAAGGCACCCCAGCCCGAGAAAGUAAUAAUAAGCACCCCUCAACCGGAGUCCAGCGGGAAUGCGUACGUCGAAGACGACACGGAGAGCCCGACUCUAGGAACUAGCUCCAGCAAGGGGAAAGAGAAGAAGAGCACCGGUCCCAGCGCCAGGAGGGGAAAGGGCCAGAUAGAAAAGAGAAAGUUGCGGGAGAAGCGGAGAUCUACAGGUGUUGUCAGCAUGCCGUCCAACGAGAGUCUGGACGAGCUGGAAGACGAUGACGGCGUGGAGAAGGAGAAGAAGGAGGAGGAGCUCACUCAGCUCAACACUGUCCAGAAUGAGGCCUUGGCUUCUGAUCCCGCCACGGCCCAGCUCUCACCGGAGUCACAGAGAGCAGCGGCAGGCCGGUACAGAAGCUCGCCAGGCCCGGGUGCUGAAGAGGAGGCGGGCGGCGGCGGCGGCGGCGGCCGGCAUCGCCCUGGUUACGGUCGGCACGGAAGAGAGUCUGGCUCCGCUGGCGGGCUGGAGAGGAAGCUGGAGGAGCUGGAGAAGGAGCUCGCCAGAGAGAGGCAGGAAUUCUCUCGGCUACUGAAGGCCCACGAGGACAAAGACGAGCUCAUCCUCAAACUGAAGGAGGAGAUCGACUUACUGAACAGAGACCUUGAUGACAUUGAGGACGAGAAUGAGCAGCUUAAACAAGAGAACAAAACCCUCCUCAAAGUGGUUGGUCAGCUGACCAGUUCCUCUGGAGUGACAGAUUUACCUGUUGUGAGCUCCAGGUGAUGCCUGGGCAGAUUGAUGUCUCUUGGAAUAGGAGUGGAUUUCCAGGAGCUCUAUAACUCGCUGUGUAAAACCAUCCCAGGAAUUCCAACCCC